AUGAUCAAGUAAUCGCACUCCACGUAUGCUGUUAUAUGUUUGGUGGCAUUCUCUCAAGGAGUAAUAAACCUCUCUGAAUUGGCCAUAUCAUACUUGUUGAAAGAGGAUUAUGGAAUGAACCCCACAGAAAUGACAUAUAUAUAAGGCAUCAUCAGCAUACCUUGGGUAAUAAAACCUGUAUGGGGUCUCUGUACAGAUUUGCUUCCGAUUUGCAGUUAUCGCAGGAAGAGCUAUCUGUUCAUAUUUGGUCUGAUGGGAUUUGUUUUAUUUUAUGCUCUCUCCAUAUAUGGUACAAAAGAUGCGGUUGCAGGAGUCUCAAUUUUGUUGAGCAUUCAGGUUUGUAUAGCAUUUUGUAAUGUGGUUGCAGAGGCUCUAUUGGUUGAGAUCUCGACUGGCAAUGAUAGUUCAACCAACAACGUCAGUUUAUUUUUUGGAUUUAAAGCUUUCGGAACCCUCAUGACUAGCUAUCUUAGUGGUUACUCCUUAAAAUACUUGCAGAAGCAAUAAAUUUUUAGGAUAACAUCAAUAUUUCCAUUGAUAAUUGCUGGAGCUUCUCUAUUUUUAAAUGAGGGUUAGCAUAAAGAUACUGAUAUUAAGAAGUAAUUACAAGAAUUGCAUCGUUUUUUGAACAUCAAAGCCAUAUACAAGCCGAUUGUGUUUAUAUUUUGCUUUAUGUUGCAACCAUCGACAUCGACAGCAAUGUUUUAUUUUUAAACAGUGUAUUUGCAUUACACAGCUGAAUUUUUGGGUAAGAUUAAGUUUCUAUUUGCUUUGGCAAACAUCACAGCUGUGAGUAUAUUUAAUAGAUAUCUAAAAAACUAUUCAUUCAAAUCUGUGUUCUUUGUUACGACAUUAACGUAUAGUGUUGUAAAUGCCCUACAGAUUUUAUAGGUGACUAGAAGGAAUGUGGAGUUGGGAAUAAAAGAUGAAGCAUUUUCAUUAUGUGAUACAUUGCUAAUGCAAUUGGUGGCUGAAUUGAACAUGCUUCCUAUUUUGGUUCUGGCAUGCAAGAUAUGUCCGUCCAAAAUAGAAGGCACCAUGUAUGCAUUGUUGAUGUCCACAAUCAAUUUAGGUUAACUGGUGGCCAGAUAGAUUGGAGGCAUAUUGAUGUACUUUUUGAAUAUAAACGAGGCCUCGUUUGAGAAUCUGUGGAUGAUGAUAACAAUGACUAGUGUGUACAUUUUGAUCUUGUUGCCCUUUCUAUCCACAAUAAAGGAGAAGGAGAUGAUUGAAUCGAAGGACUUGUAUAACAAGCAAGACGUGGAGGAGGAGGAGGAUAUUGUGGGCAAAGGAUACUAGAGAUUAAGUUUGUCAUUUGUGGAUAGUUGA